UAAAUAGGAUAGUGAAGCAUGCUAUCAUUUAGAGCAAAAUCUUUUUAAGUUUGUGUGUAAUUAUUACAGAAGAGGAGGGGUAGUCUACUAUGUGUACACUUCUGGAAAAUCAUGUAAAUGAGGACUCUACUAAGAACAAUCACUGCUUUUAGAUAAGAGCGCAUUUUAUUUCCCUAGAUAGCAUUUAUUUAAUUCAUAUAACAUGAGAUACUCCUCCAGUAGCGUCAACUAGGAUUGAUAAGAAUAAACAGUAAAACAAAACAGAAACACCUUCUCCAAGAUUUUGAAACUGCAAGCGAACGCAUGGUGGCGCUGUUGACUAAGAAGGCGAAUUAAACCACAGGCAUUGUGAUUCUCGGUGACGCACGGAUCCACUGUGGUAAACCAGGGGUUAUGAGCCCAGGCAGAUUUUUGAGCAAGCAAAUGUGAGCCUCUGGAAAGUCUUAUUCGCUAGGCCGCCUGCAAAGGUUGUGGGGCAAAAUACUAUUUCCCAGCCCUGUCUGAGGUUCAGCUUGGUGACAUUCCCUGGAAGAACGUGACAGAAAGAAAGUGCAAUGGAGGCUGGAGGAGAGCGAUUUCUUAGACAAAGGCAAGUCCUGCUUCUCUUUGUUUUUCUGGGUGGGUCUCUGGCUGGGUCCGCGUCAAGACGCUAUUCGGUGGCUGAGGAAAAAGAGAAGGGCUUUUUAAUAGCCAACCUAGCAAAGGAUCUGGGGCUAAGGGUAGAGGAACUGGCCGCGAGGGGGGCUCAAGUUGUAUCCAAAGGCAACAAACAGCAUUUUCAGCUCAGUCAUCAGACAGGUGAUUUGCUACUGAAUGAGAAAUUGGACAGGGAGGAGAUAUGCGGCCCCACAGAACCAUGCAUACUGCAUUUUCAGAUAUUACUGCAAAACCCUUUGCAGUUUGUUACAAACGAGCUCCAUAUCAUAGAUGUAAAUGAUAAUUCUCCGGUAUUCUUUGAAAAUGAAAUGCAUCUGAAAAUCCUAGAAAGCACUCUACCAGGAACAGUAAUUCCUUUGGGAAAUGCCGAGGACUUGGAUGUGGGAAGAAACAGCCUCCAAAACUACACUAUCUUUCCGAAUUCCCACUUCCACGUACUCACUCGCAGUCGUAGGGACGGAAGGAAGUACCCAGAACUAGUACUGGACAAAGCGCUGGAUCGGGAGGAGCAGCCGGAACUCAGCUUAACGCUUACCGCGCUGGACGGCGGCGCUCCGCCUCGGUCUGGAACAGCCCAGAUCAACAUCCAGGUCUUAGACAUAAACGACAAUGCACCAGAAUUUGCACUGCCUCUCUAUGAGGUUACAGUUCUAGAGAAUACCCCCGUUAACUCUGUCAUUGUCACUGUUUCGGCUUCUGACUUAGAUACGGGAAGUUUUGGGACAAUAUCAUACGCAUUUUUUCAUGCUUCUGAAGAAAUUCGCAAAACUUUUCACCUAAAUCCAAUAACUGGUGAUAUGCAACUAGUCAAAUAUUUGAAUUUUGAAGCGAUUAAUAGUUAUGAAGUCGACAUUGAGGCCAAGGAUGGCGGAGGCCUAUCUGGAAAGUCUACAGUCGUAGUCCAGGUGGUUGAUGUCAAUGACAACCCACCAGAACUGACCUUGUCGUCAGUAAACAGCCCUGUCCCCGAGAAUUCAGCAGAGACUGUACUGGCUGUUUUCAGUGUUUCUGACCUAGACUCUGGAGACAACGGAAGAGUGAGGUGUUCCAUUGAGAACAAUCUCCCUUUCGUCCUGAAACCAUCUGUUGAGAACUUUUACACCCUAGUGUCAGAAGGAGCGUUGGACAGAGAGACCAGAUCCGAGUACAACGUCACCAUCACCGUCACAGACUUGGGGACACCCAGGCUGAAAACCGAGUACAACAUAACCAUUCUGGUCUCCGACAUCAACGACAACGCCCCCGCCUUCACCCAGACCUCCUACACCCUGUUCGUCCGCGAGAACAACAGCCCCGCCCUGCACAUCGGCAACGUCAGCGCCACAGACAGAGACUCAGGCACCAACGCCCAGGUCACCUACUCGCUGCUGCCGCCCAAGGACCCGCACCUGCCCCUGGCCUCCCUGGUCUCCAUCAACGCGGACAACGGACACCUGUUCGCCCUCCGGUCGCUGGACUACGAGGCCCUGCAGGCAUUCGAGUUCCGCGUGGGCGCCACAGACCGCGGCUCCCCGGCGCUGAGCAGCGAGGCGCUGGUGCGCGUGCUGGUGCUGGACGCCAACGACAACUCGCCCUUCGUGCUGUACCCGCUGCAGAACGGCUCCGCGCCCUGCACCGAGCUGGUGCCCCGGGCGGCCGAGCCGGGCUACCUGGUGACCAAGGUGGUGGCUGUGGACGGCGACUCGGGCCAGAACGCCUGGCUGUCGUUCCAGCUGCUCAAGGCCACGGAGCCCGGGCUGUUCGGCGUGUGGGCGCACAAUGGCGAGGUGCGCACCGCCAGGCUGCUGAGCGAGCGCGAUGCGGCCAAGCACAGGCUGGUGGUGCUGGUCAAGGACAAUGGCGAGCCUCCGCGCUCGGCCACCGCCACGCUGCACGUGCUCCUGGUGGACGGCUUCUCCCAGCCCUACCUGCCGCUCCCGGAGGCGGCCCCGGCCCAGGCCCAGGCCGACUCGCUCACCGUCUACCUGGUGGUGGCGUUGGCCUCGGUGUCGUCGCUCUUCCUGUUCUCGAUGGUCCUGUUCGUGGCGGUGCGGCUGUGCAGGAGGAGCCGGGCGGCCUCGGUGGGUGGCUGCUCGGUGCCCGAGGGUCCCUUUCCAGGGCAUCUGGUGGACGUGAGCGGCACCGGGACCCUGUCCCAGAGCUACCAGUACGAGGUGUGUCUGGCGGGAGGUUCCGGGACAAAUGAGUUCAAGUUCCUGAAGCCGAUUAUCCCUAACUUCGUUGCUCAGGGUGCAGAGAGGGUUAGCGAGGCAAACCCCAGUUUCAGGAACAGCUUUGAAUUCAGUUAAGUGUUAAUAAGAUUCUAUUGAGCCUCAUCUCAAUUUUUCUGUGGAAAGUCCUUUUUUACUGUUUUGCCCAUUGUUGAGGUCUCUUUUGGUCUGGUUCAAGGCGAGUAGCAGGAGUAGAGCAAAAUGCCAAAUCCAGGAAUGGCUUAGGUUUCAUUAACAGAAGGACUGAAAAAGUAAUUGUUUGGCUUUGAAUGUUUUGUAUUUCAAUCAAGAAUCCUUAGUCGAUAGAACAUUUUGUUUAUAUAUUGAUUCUGCUUUUUAUGUAGUUAAUCCAUGCGUAUUCUCUCCUUUAGUCCUAGCUUGCCAGUGCAGUCUUAACUCCUUCUUUUUCACUAAUGGGGAGCAAAAAGAAAUUCAUUUUCUUUUAAUGGUGAUUUCAAAUAGCUUUUUAAAGUAACUCAUUUCAAAUUUUAUAAAAUAAUGUAGAGAGAGUUCCAAACCACCAAUUUUAUAAUUUCACUUGUGAAUAUAUUAGUAUAAUGUGUCGUAUAUAAUAUGUCUAAAGCAGUUUUGUCUAUGGUUAACGAAGUUUUGAGGAUAGACGAGAAUGUUAAGAUAUAGUAAUAUAUUAUCUUUUUAGGAACAUAGUACUCAAAUGAAAGUAAUUUAGUUCAUUUUCUGUGUUGACAUUUGCAAUUAAUAUUUCAAUAUUUUAUGUGCUUAUAUUGGCCAAAAUAUGGACACAAAUAUAGACCAGUAUGGAUAAUUACUCUUUGGUUUAUCUAAAGUGUGUUCAUGAUGACUGAGGAAAAAAAUUAAACCUAUGCCAUUUUAAAAACU